GCUCUGAAAGCUGAUGGGAAAAGAGCCGAGCAGGGGGCCUGCCUGCUGAAGAUGGGCUGUGAGUGUGUUAUGGGAUCAAAGAUUUCUCUGUUAGAGUCUCACUCCCAUCUUUCAGUUUAGGGAAUAAACACUAGCAAUAAGCACUUCUCCAAUUUAAAGGGCUUAUGGGAGAUGGCAUAUAAGCCUGGGGCUGAGUCAAGCUAGGCAGUCUAGCCCUGCAAGCCAUAGGAUGAAGAGCUCCUAGCCAGGAAGACUGCAGGGGGAUGCCGGGUUGACCCCAAAGCCGCUUUAAGGAUUGCCAGUACAAUACAAGUGCCUUGUGAAAGAACACAACCUCAGGAAAUGAACGGCCUGGAGGAAGGGGUUGAGUUCCUCCCCACCAUGAAUCCGAAGACAGUGGAGAAGCGUGGCCCGAAACGAUGGGUGGUGGUCACCGUUGUGCUCAUUGCCAUCUUUCUCUUCUCCCUCCUGGUUGGCCUGCUGGUUUGGCACUUCAAAUAUCGAAACGUGCCCGUCCAGAAGGUUUACAACGGCCACCUCCGGAUUCUGAACUGGAAUUUCCUCGAUGCCUAUGAGGACUCCAGCAGCUCCCAGUUCGCCAUGCUCUCCAAGAAGGUGAAGAGCACGGUUGAGGAGAUCUACAGGAGCAAUGAAAAUAUCGGUCCUUAUCACAAGGAGACAGAAAUAACUGCAUUCAGUGAAGGCAGCGUCAUUGCCUAUUACUGGUCGGAGUUCAUGGUUCCAAAACACAAGGCAGAGGCACUGGACAGAGCCAUGGCUAACAAGCAGAGCCUGAUGCAAAUGUUGACCUUGAAAUCACGAAAUCCGGCGCUAAAAGUGGAGUCGGUGGUUGCUUUCCCCGCCGAUCCCAGUAUCGUCCAGGCUUCCCGGAACAAUAGUUGCAGUUUUUCUCUGCAUGCCAAGGAGGGCGAGAUCACCAGCUUUACCACACCAGGCUUCCCCAACAGCCCAUACCCCAACAACGCUCGCUGCCAGUGGGUCCUGAGGGCUGACGCUGAUUCCAUUAUCAGCCUGACUUUCAAGACAUUUGAUGUGGAGCCCUGCAGUGAGGGCAACGACUACAUCAAGGUCUACAACUCCCUGAGUCCCGUGGAGCCCCAUGCCCUUGUGACGCUGUGUGGCAGCUAUCCCCCAUCCUACAACUUGACCUUCCUGUCCUCCAAGAACGUCAUGUUGGUCACGCUGGUCACCAAUGCCGAAGGCAGGCGUCCUGGCUUCAGGGCCGAAUUCUUCCAGCUCCCGAAGAUAAAAAGCUGUGGUGGGACAUUGAAGGGAACCACUGGGACUUUUACCACUCCUUUCUACCCAGCACACUACCCCCCGAACUUGGACUGUACGUGGGACAUUGAGGUGCCUAGUAACAAGAACGUGAAGGUGCGUUUCAACCUGUUCUACGUGCUGGAGCCCGGCGUCCCCAUUGCCACCUGCACCAAGGAUUAUGUAGAAGUCAGCAAUACGAAGUACUGUGGAGAGCGUCCCCGGUUUGUGGUGGCAAGUAAUACCAACAGAAUAACAGUCCAGUUCCACUCCGACCAGUCGUACACUGACACUGGCUUCUCGGCAGAGUUCCUGUCCUACGAUUCCAGCGACCCCUGUCCUGGCAGAUUCACCUGCAAGACUGGCCGCUGCAUCGACAAAGCCCUGCGCUGUGAUGGCUGGAUGGACUGCUCAGAUGCCAGUGAUGAGCGCUCCUGCAACUGUACCAAGGAGCAGUUCAGAUGCAGCAACGGGUGGUGCAAGUCGCUCAUGUGGGUCUGUGACGGUGUGAACGACUGCGGAGACAACAGCGACGAGGAGCAGUGCAAGUGUCCAGAUAAGAACUUGAAGUGCCGCAAUGGGAAAUGCAUCCCUGAAGACCAGAAGUGCAAUGGCAAGGAUGACUGUGGGGACGGAAGUGAUGAAAACGACUGCGUCGGGGCAGCCAAGGCUGUCUCCUGCAGUGAGUACACCUACAAGUGCCGCAGCAACGUGUGUGUGAGCAAGAAGAACCCAGAGUGCGACGGGACGCCGGACUGUGCCGACAACUCAGACGAGGAGAACUGCGACUGCGGGAUCCGCUCGUACAGCAAGCAGUCGCGGAUUGUCGGCGGGCUGGACUCGGAGGUGGGCGAGUGGCCGUGGCAGGUCAGCCUGCAUGUGGAAGGCCAGGGGCACAUCUGUGGGGCCUCGCUGGUAUCAAACAAGUGGUUGGUGUCAGCAGCGCACUGCUUCCAGGAUGAGAUGCGGAUCAGGUACUCAGAUUCCAAGCUAUGGACGGCCUUCCUAGGCCUCCACGACCAGAGCCAGCGGACUCAUGAGAACAUCCAAAAGCGGAAGAUCGAGCGCAUCAUCACCCACCCCAACUUCAACGACUUCACCUACGAUUACGACAUUGCUGUGCUGGAGCUGCAGAGCCCGGUCACCUUCAGCAAAGUUGUCCGGCCCAUCUGCCUGCCCGACCCCACACAUGACUUUCCCUCUGGCAAGGACCUGUGGGUGACCGGGUGGGGAGCCACCUCUGAAGGGGGUAGCGGUGCCACCAUCUUGCAGAAGGCAGAAAUUCGGAUAAUCAACCAGACCCAGUGCAACAGCCUGCUGGCCAACCAGAUGACACCACGCAUGAUGUGUGUGGGGAUCCUGACGGGAGGCAUCGACGCCUGCCAGGGAGACUCCGGUGGGCCACUGGCCAGCGUGGAGACCAGCAGCAGGAUGUUCCUGGCCGGCGUGGUGAGCUGGGGAGACGGCUGCGCGCGACGGAACAAGCCAGGGGUCUACACGCGGGUCACCCAUCUGCGGGACUGGAUCAAGCAGCACAGUGGGGUAUAGGAGCUCCGCAGUGGGGUGCCGGGCUCCGCAUGGGCUCGCAGCACCUCUCGAACUCGACUCUGGGUCUCUUUUGAGCCGGCGAUUGAAGACGCUCCCAGCUGAUAUGAAGGGAAUCCUGUGCGUGUGUGUCGUUUCCUCUGCUCUCCCACACUGCUGGACCAGUGAGGGGCCUGGCCUGGCCAGUGGGCACACAUGGGGUGAGCUGUGGGCAGCUGGGACCUCAUCUCCAGGAGCUGCCCUAACGUACCCCUCUACCUCAGCUGAGCAGGACUCUUUGGGGAAGAGCCUGGAGCCCUCCUCUCCACUCCCUACCUUGGCAUGGACUGCAAUACCUGGGCCAAAGGAGCUCCAGGGAAGCCUCCACUCCUGUUUCAAAAGCCUAGGACUGCGGUGCAGCAGUUGCCCAGCAGGACACUGCAGAAGAUAGGACUGGCUGCAUUUAAAGCGGGGCGGGUGGGGGGAGGGUGUCUGUGCUCAUGUGUGCAGCUCCAGAGGCAGGACUGGACCUGCUGGGCAUGUAGUGAGUGAUGCCAGAUGUGGUUUUUAGAUUAACCCUUUGGCCCCUUCCUGAAAUCAAUGGAACUGAAAACUGGUUUUAAAAUAAUGUCUGUGAGUUGCUCUGCCCCGUGUCCCCCUUGUUGCCAGCACCUGGUUUAAUGGUAUGGGGAAAGUGCAGGUUCCUGGCCCCCAGGGAGCCUUCCCGGGAGCAGCUCCCUUCAAGGCCUUGCCACCAGCCUGGCCUGGGGUAGCUUGGCUUGGGGAGGUUUUUAUUCAUGUCUGUCUGAUGUUGUAGAAAUGGCUUUUACAGCUGAGAAUCACAAAUGAAGGAGCAGAAUAGAUAAGGAGAACUUCUUUCCCCCUCCCAGCCCCCCAGGUGUCCAGGGGUAAAUGCUGUGUGAUCUAUGGCUGCUGGGUCUGAUCCCUCCUCCUAGCCUGACCCCUCAUCCCUCCUGUUGGUACCCAGCUUGCUCUGCUCCUUGGUCCUUUCCUUAUUGGGUCAAGGUGAUGGCUGCAGGGCUCUGCAUGGCUCCAGCAUCCUUGUUGCCCUCUGCAGGCAUCUGCUAGGGGUGAUGGAGAUGGGGUGGCUGUAGGAGAUGCCUCUGCUUGCAAACUAGUUUACCUGAUUUGUUUUGGAAGAAGCUGAGACCAUUGGAGGUACCCUAGCAGCAGAUCGUGAGGAGUGAGUCAAGGAGGUGAGCCACAAGGGAAGGGUCCUGGUCUGAGCUGGUGGCUUCCCUUACUAGCAAGGCUAUUGGGAUGGUGAAUCCAAGUUGACCAGCCCACAUGAGCAAGGGCACAGUCUCAGCCCCACUGCCCUACCAUCCCCAAGUUCUCAUUAGCUCAUUGCACUCAGGUCCUUUGUUGAGACCUCAGCUUGGAGACAGCCCCAGAAAACCUGCAUCUCCUAGACAGGCUGGAGAAGUCUGAAUUCAGAUGGGGUUUGAACCAUAGGUUUCGCAGUCCUGUAGGAUGUGUGCAGAGUGCCACAUUCUGGGACUCGGAGCAUCUUGUCCAGGAGCGUGCACGAAUCCAUGCUUGGGCUUGUCAUAGACCUCCAUGUGGACCAUUCACAUUAGAGCUCAGGCUGCACUUUGGUUGACCUUGCUUUUCACACAAGUGCUUUAGAUGUAGCCCCUAGAGCAGCGUGCGUGUGUGCGUGCGUGCGUGUGUUUGUGUGCGUGCAUGUGCAUGUGCACGGUACCUAUUUUCUGACCUGCACGUGGGUCAGAUUGGCAUUGCCACAAUGUGCCUUAUUAGGAAUGAGCUGUAACACAGCCAGCUGUGGAACUCAUCUCUGUGAUACAAGUGCCUCCUGUAGCUGGCUCUUCUUUAGUCAUUGUGUGAAGCUGCAUCCUUAGGUGAGAUCUUUUAAUGCCUUUAAACAGAGCAUAGUCAGGGUCUGGAUCCAAGGAUCCUAUGGGAUGUCUGGUGUGUGUGUGUGUGUGUGUGUGUGUGUGUGUGUGUGUGAAUGCGAACCCAGGCAAUAGAGGUGUUACGGGAAGCUGUUAUGUCAUUGGAGUGAGAGCAGAGCCCUGCAAAUGGCCCUUGCAGAUCUCUCUGCAAGGAGGGUGAGGGGCUUAUAAACAUGCUAACCUCCUUUGCUUGCUUGGGUGACCUGUCACAGCCUGUGGAGGACAUCUCCCUGCAGGGGAUGUCUCAGGCUAGGCAUCUUGAGAGGACCUAGGUGGGGGCUGGGCUAGGGGCAGAGCUCAGUAGCUUUUUAUCCAUUUUCUUGGUUUUUAAAUAAAUGUUAUGUUGUGAUUUUUAUCUAUUUGAUCCCAUUCACGUCUCUAUCUGUUGCUCCCUUUGGCUUUGCUGUGUAGAUGUCGGGAUGACAAGGCCCAGUGAUCUGUUUGUCUGAACCCUUCCCUGUUGUGAAAUAAUUUUUGUAGAGGUCUGAACGCAAUGGAGAUGCCGCUGUCAAUCUGGAUUAAACUGGGAAUUUUGAUAAUA